UCGGCGAGGAUCUUUGUCGAUAACCGGCACAUGCUGCCGAGCUCGCGAUUUUGCUCUUCACUAAUUUUAUUUGGUUUGUGGUGGAUUAAAUUUGUAGACCCUUAGAAUGGAUCGGUAAGGACUUAAGUUAUUUAUUUGGAAAAUUGUAUGCUACGUUUUGGUUAAGUUUAUUUACGUUAUUUGUCUCUGUAAAACGUGCUACGACGUCAAAACAAACACCUGUGACCGAAACGAACAACGAAAACGAUACGAAGAAGCGAUUUGAGACAAAGCGACCCGCGUCUGUAUGAUAUUCUUGAAACCGUUGAAAUACAUGUAGUACGUUCAUCGCGUUAGUCAAGAGGACGUGGGGCCGCUACAGUUUCAAGAAUAUCUGUCCCCGACUGCAGCAUAUCAGGAUAAAUCCUCUCUACCGUCACGCGGCCGGUUUGGACAGACGUCUACCCACAGUAAGUGACGAGCUGCUGCAGCUGCAGUUCAAACUUCGACAUUGUGACCUCAGAAAAUCCGGACACAUGAACUAAGAUCGUCUGAGAGACUAGCAGUAAACGUGAUUAUGCCCGUGCUAUGUUGUUACUUGUACUUGGAUUAAGUGAGCAAAGCAAGACAUCUAUGUUCUAAUGUUUUUCAUCGCGAAACGUCUGUUUUGAGCUUAUAUAUUCAGGUAAAUUUAGCAGGUGAAGCUUGGUGCGUUCACCACGGAGCGACCCCACUCUGUCUCGUGUAACUGAACUGUGACUAAGCAUCAUGGACAAUUUGAGAGUUUCGGAAUUGCGUGAGCAGUUGCGUCAGAGAGGUUUGAGUCAAAGGGGUACCAAAAAGACGCUUCUGCACCGGUUACGGACAGCUAUGGCCGAGGCAGACACCGACGACGAUUCCACUAAGCCGAGAUCGACAAAUUCACUACAGUAUUCCACGAACUCUAUAAGAAAAGCGGACCGAUCUACCGAAUCUUUAUCUAGCUCUGUUCACUCUGCGCAAUCUGGCUCUUGCAUAUCGGAAUCACUGUUUAUCAAGCAAGCCAACGAGGCUGCGAAAAGAGCGGGUUUAGAAGCCAGAAUGAUGCUUCUUGCUGAGAAGCAGAGAUUAACAGAGGAAACAAGGUUAGCUAGACAGCGGGAGCUCGAACUAGAAUUACAACAAGAGAAACUCGACCUGCAGAUGCAAAUAUUGGAUUCUGCAGCGCGAGAGAAAGAAUUUGAAAAAUUCCAGGUUCACCUCGAAAAUAGUACAGCUGUCAAUCCAUCAAUUACUAAGCAGGAGGCGCAAAGGGAAAUUCGUCCUACACUUUUCAGAGAGAAUAAAGCUACGGCAGCUAGUAUGAGUGAAGAUUGUGUAGGUGUCGAGGGCAUGGUCUCGAGGGGGCAGAACACUGAUGUUGAGGGCAGGUAUUGUCUGACUGCUACUAAAACUGAAUCACCAGCACACAAGCAGACAAGUUUUUGCAGUGAAGCAACAGCCCAGGCAUAUGACCUAACCACUGUACCCCCUGACCUAUUCACGCAAAUGUUGGGAUUAACUGAAAGAAGCACCAUUCCGCGAGUGGAAAUAGAAAAGUUUGAUGGGGAAGUGGCAUAUUAUCGAUCUUUUAUACGCGCUUUCGAGCACCUCAUCUGCAAUAAAGUUCAAAGCGAUGACGAGAAACUAUACUAUUUGGAGCAAUAUACAACAGGCCAGCCUCGAGAGGUUGUUAGAGGCUGUCUCCAUAUGCCUGAAGACAAGGGAUACAAAGAAGCCAGACGUUUGCUCGAGGCAAGAUAUGGAAAUCAGUAUAAAAUUGCAGCACGAUCAGUCGAUAGAAUCUUGAACUGGCCAGCAAUCAAGGUGGACGAAAUAGACGCCAUGGAUGACUUUUCUAUCGCUCUUCGCACCUGCUACAAUUCCAUGGCGGGCAUGGUUACAGAAACCUCGGAAUUGGAUCACCCUAAAACAAUACGUAAAAUUUUGGAAAAAUUUCCGCCGACCAUUCAGGACCGUUGGCGUCGGCUUGCUGAAGAUGUUCGUGAACACAAGAACAGAAUAGUCACCUUUAAAGAUUUAGUAGAUUUUGUGGAAAGAGAAGCCAGGAUUGCGACAAACCCUUUGUUCGGUCGCCACCUGUUCCCCGCCACCAGAGGCAAGCCGGAAGGGCAAAGAAGUGGACCAGCGAACCGUUACAGCCUUGCUGCUCAUAUUGGUCCAGCUAACCACGGCGGUCAGCCAGUGCCUUGCCUGUGGUGUAAAGCGAUGCAUCCUCUCGAUGAAUGCGCCCAUUUCGUCCAAAAUCCAAUGGAGGUGAAAAGGGAGUUUAUCCGAAACAAUUCGCUUUGCUUCGGAUGCCUGGUCCAAGGUCACGUAGCAAAAAGCUGUACAAAUCGUAGUGUAUGUCGCGAAUGUAAAGGGAAGCAUGCUACCGCCUUACAUUCGCCCCCAGGCGAGGUACAGAGCACACGAAGAACGACGACGUAUGAAGCCAUAAAAAACGCUAGAGUUGAUAUUAACAAUGAGGCGUCUUUAGCAUCGUGUGGAAUGGCGAUUGUACCGGUUAAAGUAAGGACCAGGACUGGACACUGUGUGGAAACUUAUGCAUUCCUAGACAAUGGCAGCUCGGCUUCAUUCUGUACUGAAUCACUCUGCAAAAGACUACACGUUUCCGACACAAAGCCCAUCACAUUGAAGCUCACAACUGUUCAUUCACAUAAGAAAACAUUGCUGAGCAAGAGGAUCGACGGACUUAUGUUAAGUGACCUGGAUGAGAACGAGCAUAUUCCACUUCCGUCAAUCUUCACCCUUAGUUACAUACCUGUAUCGGAGGACGAUAUUCCAACAUAUCAUGACAUCAGUAAGUUUCCGUACCUCAGUGAUAUUGAUAUGCCCCGCAUCAAUGCUGGAAUAGAGUUAAUGAUUGGGAACAACGUCCCGCAGGCUAUGGAACCGUGGGAGGUGCGUCAUAGUCAAAUGAACGGUCCUUACGCCAUACGAACCAAGCUGGGGUGGGUCAUCAACGGACCUGUCAGAGACCUCAGAGCGAACGUAAUACACGCGAAUGGAACACGCGCCGCGGCGUUCCAUCACGGGCUCGAUGAGACCUUACAAAAUAUGUAUGAACAAGAAUUUCCAGAGAAAAAUUUUUCCGUCGCAAAGGGGAUGUCACAUGAAGAUCGAAGAUGGAUGGCAAUGGUUCAAGAAAGUUGUAGAGUGAGUGCUGAUGGUCAUUACGAGAUAGCCUUGCCAUUCUGCCAGGCGAAUCCCGAGCUCCCAAAUAAUCUGGAGUUGGCAAUAAGAAGACUUGAGGGACUCAAAAGGAAACUUAUGAAAGAUAACCGAUUAAGAGAGCACUACACGGCGACUAUGACAGAUAUGCUCUCCAAGGGUUACAUAGAAAGGGCACCCGAGCUCGAUUCAAUGACUAAAGGUGGGAAGAAAUGGUAUCUCCCACACCAUGGGGUGUAUCAUCCGCAAAAACCACAUAAAGUUCGUAUCGUUUUCGACGCGGCAGCUAGCUACAAAGGCACGUCCUUGAACGACGCAUUGCUACAGGGACCCGACUUAACCAAUUCCCUUAUCGACGUACUAUUACGGUUUCGAUGGGCUCCUGUAUGCUUUACGGCGGACAUAGAAGCCAUGUUCCAUCAAGUACGAGUACCCGAUCGCGACAGAGACUUUUUACGGUUUCUCUGGUGGACUGGUGGCGACUUGACUGAUCAGCCAGCUGAAUACAGAUUUACUGUACAUCCUUUCGGAGCCACAUCAUCACCGGCGUGCGCCAAUUACGCCUUGCGAAGGGCCGCCACUGACCACGGAUCACACUUCAGCGCAGAUACUGUGGAGACCAUUCUAUACAACUUUUACGUUGACGACUGCCUUAAGUCGGUUGAAACAGGUGACGAUGGAAUCAGGAUCGGUCAAGAGCUGAUAGAAUUAUGCUCACGAGGAGGCUUCAACUUAACAAAGUUUGUCAGUAAUUGCAGCGCGCUCUCUCCUCAUUUGGACAAUGACAAGAGCAAUUGUUGCAUUGAAUUUGAUCAGGAAAGGGGUCUUGCACGGAAGGCUCUUGGAGUAAAAUGGUCUCUAGACACUGACAGUUUUAGUUUUUCGGCGGCCAUAAAAGAAAGGCCCAUGUCCAAACGCGGUAUUCUCGCAAUCGUAGGCUCAGUGUAUGAUCCGUUUGGUUUGAUUUCCCCUUACGUUUUAAUCGCAAGACAUCUAUUGCGAGACCUGUGCAGAAUCAAAGUCGGCUGGGAUGAAUGCAUUCCAAAGCCAUAUCAGAAGCAGUGGGAACAAUGGCUAAACGAUCUUCUGGUCUUGAACAACAUUUCCGUUCCUAGGUGUCUGAGGCCACGGUCUUUCAGGAACGCAUUUUGCCAGCUCCAUCAUUUUUCUGACGGUAGUGAACGCGCCUACGGAACUGUCUCUUAUUUCAGAGUUGUCAACGAAGCAGGUGAUAUUCACUGUGGUUUUGUAUUCGGGCGGUCACGAUUGGCACCGUUGAAAGGGACGACUAUCCCAAGGAUAGAGCUAGCCGCAGCAACUUUGGCUGUGAAAGUGAACGCUAUGAUUCAAAGCGCGUUCCAAACCAAAAUUGAGUCAUGGUUUUGGACCGAUAGUACCACAGUUUUGCGUUAUAUUCGAAACGAGAAGACACGUUUUCACACGUUUGUUGCAAACCGACUAGCAGUCAUAAGGGAAGGCUCUUCGCCGAACCAGUGGAAGUAUGUUCAAAGUUCCCUGAAUCCUGCAGACAUUGCUUCACGUGGAGCAAGUGGGAAAGACAUCAGUAAGAACCAGGAGUGGUUCUCCGGCCCCGAAUUUCUGUGGAAAGAAAGCCACGAAUGGCCUUUGACGCCCAAUAAUUUGGGGGACAUAACAGAAGACAUUGAAGUGAAAAGAGAGCGCAAAAAGGAACAGCUUCCGAAUACUGAUCUGAGAGCGAACUGCACAAACGUCAUUACCGUGCUGGACGUACAUCCCGUAGAAACACUUCUUAGUUAUUACAGCAGCAGAUGGAAAGUGGUUAGAGCAAUAGCUUGGCUAUUGAGAGUUCGUCACAGACUAUUAUGUAAGGAAGCGCCUAGAGCUACGAGAAGAAAUUUGAGCAUCGAGGAGAUGGAAGCUGGGGAGCGAGAGAUAGUGAUUCAUGAACAAAUGGCAAGCUAUGCAUCGGAAAGGAAACAUUUGGCAGCUGGCAGACCUGUUCAACUAUCUAGUUCCUUGCAGAAACUUAAUCCAAUAUUACAAGAUGGCUUCGUCGUGGUUGGUGGGCGACUCGAACGUGCCUUGCUACCAGAAACGGCGAAACAUCCUAUCAUCCUCCCCGCAAGUUCUCGAUAUGCCACCAUGGUCAUUCAGGAUGUACAUGAGCAAUUGGGGCAUCAAGGACUGUCCCACGUUCUUACCACAGUGAGACAAAAGUUUUGGAUUAUACAUGGAAAUAAAGCUGUGAGAAAGGUUUUGAGUAACUGUCUUCACUGUCGAAGAAGAUUUAGUCAGCCAGAGAAUCAGAAAAUGGCCGAUUUGCCUAUCGAUAGGGUUCAGGCGUUGCAACCUCCAUUUACAAGUACUGGUGUCGAUUGUUUUGGACCAUUCUUCGUCAAACGUGGAAGAGGACAAGAAAAAAGAUAUGGCAUCAUUUUUACUUGUUUAGCAAUUCGCGCCGUCCAUCUUGAGAUGGCUGACAAUCUCUCGACAGAUUCAUUUAUUUGUGCCUUAAAAAGAUUCAUUUCCCGUAGAGGCAAUGUGCAGGUGAUUCGGUCCGACAACGGCACAAAUUUUGUCGGAACAAAUAACGAAUUGAAAAGGGAAUGGAGAAAACUGCACUCUUCAGACGCAAUCUAUAACACACUAGCAAAACGAGGAAUCGAGUGGAUUUUCAACACUCCAGGUGCCUCACAUCACGGAGGGGUGUGGGAGAGAAUGAUAAGGUCCACGAGAAGAGUCCUCGAAUCCUUGCUCUCAUCGCAGUUGCUUACGGACGAGACGCUAAGAACUUUCUUAUGCGAAGCGGAAAGUAUUAUCAACAGCCGUCCAUUGACUCCUUUAACGAUGGACCCCACGGAUGCUGAACCGCUCACUCCCAACCAUUUACUGUUGCUUGCACCAGGGGGAGAUCUGCAAGCUGGAAUUUGGCAAGAAACUGAUAAUAUCAGCAUAAGAAGAUGGAAACAGGCCAGAUAUAUGACAGAACUUUUCUGGAAGAGGUGGCGAACCGAAUACCUGCCACUGUUGCAGAGCCGUCCGAGAGCAUGGACUCGAAGUAGAGGGAAUCUGAAAGAGGGAGACGUUGUACUCCUAGUUGACACAGCAGUACCAAGAGGGCAGUGGCCCAUAGGAAGAGUGCAGACGGUAAAAACGAGUCUAGACGGUCUGGUAAGAUCGGUUACGAUUCUCUGUCGCGGGACACAGUUGACGAGACCUAUCCAAAAGUUGGUGAAACUACUAUCAGAAGACGAAACAUCGUAGGACUGAUCCGCAGACACAUUGCCCAUGAUGUCUAGUUACAUUGUCAGAAAUUGUCAGAUGCGGAUUGACAAUUUAGAUAUACGGUUGUACACAUGGGCAUGUUGUAUCGCUGCGACGAUACAAAGGGGAGGGUGUUAUCGGCGAGGAUCUUUGUCGAUAACCGGCACAUGCUGCCGAGCUCGCGAUUUUGCUCUUCACUAAUUUUAUUUGGUUUGUGGUGGAUUAAAUUUGUAGACCCUUAGAAUGGAUCGGUAAGGACUUAAGUUAUUUAUUUGGAAAAUUGUAUGCUACGUAAAUGCUUGGUUAAGUUUAUUUACGUUAUUUGUCUCUGUAAAACGUGCUACGACGUCAAAACAAACACCUGUGACCGAAACGAACAACGAAAACGAUACGAAGAAGCGAUUUGAGACAAAGCGACCCGCGUCUGUAUGAUAUUCUUGGUGAGUAGUUGUUUGCGUUAUUUUAUGUUGUUAUUUCUGUUACAUUAGGUGACCUGAUGGCUUAUGUGUAUGUGUAAGCUUGUGUUUGCUCGAAAUUGCGUCUGAAUUUAAGUUUUAUUUGUUUGUCGUCUUUUGUAUUGUCAUGAUUUUGUUUG